AUGCAAACUGUGGUUGACUACAUAAAGGCACACAUAUACAGAAUGACCCACCAACCGAUCGUUCCGAGGGAAGUGCUAAAUGUCCUCGUCAUAGCAUCUACCAACCAGUACUAUUACGUUAAUCAAAAAUCGCCUUAG